AUGGAAGAAGCAGAAACAACUCCAUACGAUGUUCUGCCAACGUUCGAGACACACAACGAGCUUCUCAACCGUACGCUUUCGGAGAUUGAACAAAUGUCUCCCACAGAGCACCUCCCAGACUAUCAGAGCGUGGUCAAUGGCGACACCCCGGCUUACAGCCCAACCCAAACGCGGGCAGAACUCGCAGAGGCCACCCAUCAUAACAGCGAGAGUCUUUUGCUGAACAAUCUGGACAGAAUCCAGAAGAUUUCGUCUCCUAUAAAGAUAUCUAUUCGAAUCACCAAGACAUUUCCUCAGAUGGGCAAGGACGUUGAGCGGGCCAAUCCUCUGAGAGAGUUCCAUUCGGGCGAUCUGGUCACGGGAUGCGUCACGGUGACAAACAUCUCUGCUCAUCCCAUCCCGUUCGAGCUGUUUCUGGUGUCUUUGGAGGGAUACAUCACCAUUCCGUCGAUUGUGACUAACACUGUGGCUAAACACACAUUUCUUCGUGCGUUCGAUUUUGGAGCGUGCUAUCUCAAGUCCCAUUUCCCUACACCCAACUACGAUACGCCACAAGUGGCCACGUUCGACGAGCACGACCAGACCUCGUACGGGUUCCCGGAAACUAAAGUGCUCGAGCCCGGUUGCAAGUACAAGAAGUUCUUUUAUUUCAAACUUCCCGAGUCGUUGCUCGAGUGCACGUGCAACCACCAGAUCUACGACCAUUUCGAGAAACUGCCACCGUCAUUUGGACUCGACAGAGACGCUUUUGAAGGCCGUGCCAAGAUUAUUGCCGUCAACGAGUCUCUUGGGUACGGCCGUCUCCAGGACAUUGGGUCGCCGAUCUUGUUGAACGACCAGAGCGAGUACGGCCAGUCCAUCUCGUACGCAGUGUGCACUUACAUGAUCGGAAAGCACCACGACAUUUACAAGAAAGACCCUAUCAAGAAAUACAUUAUGAUAAAGGACGAAAAACACUACAUCAGGUUCAUUCCCGACGAGUCGUUGGAUGUUCCUUCUUAUAAAGACAAUCAGAUCACACCGCCACCAACUACAAGCUCGCAGUUAGAGACGAUUUCAAAGGAGGCUCAAAAGGCCAUUGAUAAACUGAAAAGCAUCAAGGACCUCCAAGGGAUUGGUGUGAAAGACAAUCGCGAGGCGGAUGAGCUGAGCUCGGAGAUACACCGCCUCAAGAAAGUCGAGCUCAACCUGUCUGGCGAGCAGCCGGUGCUGGAAUCACCGGCUGCGUACCAGAACAGUGUGAGCAUUUCAUUGGUGCCAAAGAAGAAGCUUUUCGCGUUUGGUAGCGCCAAGGCGAACGAGGUGCUGGGGAAUCUAGAGUUCCACGCAUCUAUAGACAAGAGUGUUCGUCUCGGGUACAUUGUUCCUAGUGUGUUGUCCAAAAUGGCAUCUGUCGGGGCUGACACUAAAGCCAAAGCUGCGGCAUCGCAAGUGCCGCUACAGUCGCCGCUGCUUUCGCCAGUGUCUUCUGCUAAUACGGUCCCCGCAGCCAUCAGUCCGAUGAACAGCCGUUUGUCACUGACAGACACCGGGUCCGAUAGUUUGGAGUCGAAACUAAUUCCGUUGCCGUUUUCGAGCGAGGUGGAGAUCCAGCUCGACUACAACGGAGCGAGCCUGCCGGAGCUGUCGAGCAUCAAGCCCACGCUCAAAUCGUUUUCGAUCUCGUCUCCUGCGCCUAUUCCGGUGACGUUUGACCCGCAGUUUCUUUUGGGAGCAGAGACCCCGGCGUACGCAAUACUGAACCUGAAGACCAAGUUCACGGAGUACCUGACGCAGCUCAAGGUGUUGGCAAAGGAGACGGGCCGCGGGGUGGAGAAACAACUCUUUCAUGACCUGGUGGCUUUAUCGAACGUGAGUCUGAGCCAGAAGACGCUGCCUAUUUUUUCGGAGGUAAGACUCAAGAAGCAGCCCGUUUGGACGAAAACAGAAAACGGACACACCACCAAGUUCCGCAUCAAGCUGAACUACGACUACGGCGCCGUCAAGACGCAGGCGCUGCUGCCAGGGUUCAGCAUCUGCAACCUUACCAAACUCUAUUAUUUGUCAUUGAAGCUGAGCUUCAAAAAACACUCAACGAAAAACACUACGCUCAAAAUUCCUAUUGAAGUUGCGAAGUUUGGGUUCGGCCGCAACCCAGAAACAUGA